AUGAAACUAGCAAAAGCAUUAUAUUUUGUUGCCUUUUUAUUGGCCAUAAAAGUGUUAACCCCAGGAUCUAAUAAUUAUGUUGAAGCUAAACCCGCAAAUUCAAAAAAAGUAACUAAAAGUGGUGAUAAUGCAUUUAUUAAAAAAAUUAAAAAUAACAAAGCUGCAUUUAUAUCUACAUUGGCUGCAACAGUAGCAUUAGCAAUUGCUACUACAUUUGGUGUAAUGCAUUAUCAAAAUAAUGGAAAUGAUAAAAAAAAACCAUCGGGACUAGAUGGAAAAACACCCUUAAUCAUUCCACGCAAAAAAACACCCUCAGCAUCAGAUAAUGACAGUGUACCACCAUCAUAA